AUGGCUGAGUACCAAGCACAGCGCACCGAGUCCACGAGAGGAGGUCAAAAUGAGUCGAUUGAAGCUCAAGAUACAAAUCCAACAGAGGCUCAAUGCAGCUCUCGCCAAAGCUUACUUGACCCAGACCUCGCUCCCAAGAAUUCGGCCGAGCAAGCAUACCCUUCACGACGACGCUUCACUCUAUGGCAGAGCAUCGGACUCCUUAGCUUUCUCUCCCUUGUACUUGGGACGACUCUUACACUUGCCUCAUGCGGUGUCCUCGUAUAUCUCUGGCGUGGUGCUGAUCUGGCGCAUGAUCGCAAUGAGCCUCAGUUCUGGAAGACCAUAGUCACAACCGGCUGGGCCGCCCGAGUCGCCACCAUAUGCUCUGCAAUCAUACGCACCUCUAUCGCAGUCCAGGCCAGUGUCGUUGCAGCCGCACUUUCGGCGAUUAUUCUCGAGACUACAGGCGUUCGCUUCAAUGACGUUCCAAUCCUAUCCUCUGAGAGAGCUUCAAAGUCGGGUUUCAUCAACAUCUGUCCAGCAGUCCUCAGGCAAACUACAAGAAAUCCCUUGAGCAUCUUGUACUCUCUCAUUAUUAUCCUGGGCUUGACUAUCAUGGCGGUUUCGACAUUUAUCUCUACCAUUCUUCUCUCUGACUUUACUACAGCAAAGGUGGCCUCCCCGGGCGUGACGCAUGAACAUGCCAUCGCCUCCAAACACCCUGCCGAUUGGCGAUUCAACUACAAGGGCCCUACGUACUGGGGAUCUAAGCCAUCUGCGCAAUGGCGCUUCGCAGAGCAACGAAUUGGGGAAUCCGAGUACGGUGAUACCGGCGAUAUUUAUCGUGCCAUGCUGCCAUUUUCGGAAGCGGCCUCGAGAACAUCGCUUGAGUCUUACGAUGGACCUGCUUUGGUUGCCAACAUUCGUACCAUUUGUCGCGCGCCUCCGUUGCAGAACUCGAGUAUUUCCGCCCACGGGAUGAUUAGCCCGCACUUCGGAGAUGCAAAAGAUAGUGUGUCCGCGGUUCUAAAUACGACAGGUCCAUCUCAGUGUAUGCUGUAUUGUCGAGAUAGAGGCGAGCUGACAGGCUGGCCUGUGUCGCUUUGCGAUUACUCUGGCUCUUUCAUGCCCCAACCCAAGCUUCCAAUAGAUCCUAAGACAGAAAGAAAACACAGCUUCCAGCAAAUGCUCGUCGUCAAUGCGACAACCAAUAUUGCUGCAGAAGGGUUUAGAGAUACCAAUGGAGGUCCCCCGCCCAAACGUCUACGGAAUCUGACUUAUGAGAUGGGGGAUGUAUGGACCAAAGCAUACGAUACCAAUGGGGAUCAUGUCCUAAGUGCUACGUUCUGUUUCGUCAACACAUACCCUGCGCAGAUAUACAAAGUCAGUAUGUCUGGGCGUCAAACCACUACGGAACCCAGUCUCAAUGCCGACAAGAUUGACAGCGUUCGUCUUCAACUUGGUAACGGGGAAGAUUUCGCAAAGCGCGAGAUUCUUGAACUCGAUAUCGGACGGCGCCUGAACGUCAGUUCUCGUCUUGUAGACUUUGUGGAGGGCGUUCCGAUGGAAGACGGACCGACCCACGAUCCAUACUACAGGACUCUGGGGCUCGAACAUCCAUCAAUGUCCAAUACGACUUGGGGCAUGAUGUCGCCAGCACAAGAAGUCGAGCAAGGAUGGUCAGCGAACCUGGCGCAUAUCUCGCUCUUCCAGAGCAUUAUACAGGAAACCGAAGAUCCUGCCACGGCGGUUCAAGGUCUGAUGACUCGGCUGUAUCAGAUGGUCUAUUACAACUGGCUGGAAGAAUAUGAUCUCAAAUACCCUGUGAACACUAUCCAUACGGAAGAUAGACUUAUACCGACUAGAUGGGCUGGGCUUAUUAUUGUUCUUGUACUUAUUGCGGUACAUCUUGGACUCGUUUUCACAACGAUUAUUCUCUUUGUGCUAAAGACCAAGGCUUCGGCGCUUGGGAACACCUGGCAUAGUCUUGCGCAGACAGCGCAGAUGACUGACGGCACCACCGGGGCUGAUAUGAUGUUGGAUGGUGAGGUACAGAAGUGGGCUAAGGCAACUGGAAGAGACAACGACGUCUGUGGUAUCAAGAAGUCGGACGAGGAUGGCAAGUUUGAGGUUCAAUUCUUGAGGAAGAAGAGCUGA